GGCUUCGCUGAUUGGUUGAGCCAUUUUUUUAUUCUUGUCACUUUUAUUUUUAGGAUGCGACUUGUUUUUCUUUGGUGUACACGUACAGACUAAUAAAGACUACUUUUUGUUAGCGUGGUUCCCUAGCCUUCUAGUAACUUUUAGAGGGCGCCACCUUCGGUAGAAGCGCUACAGUUUUCUUCUUUCUCGAUAUAGAAAGCUAAUGUAGGAUUCAAAUUAAUAUCUGUAUACUUGACAAUAAAAUCAUCUUGUAGCAAUUAAUUAACAGCUGCUUGCAAUAAAGUUGAAAGCGGAAUUCCAGUUCGUAUUUAAUACGCAUUUAUAGAAACAAUUGUCGAUAUGGAAAAUAUACCGGGAAGUGAGAAUCAAGGAACGCAAUAUAAGAUUGAUAUUCAACAGAUGUCCCAUCCAUCUAUGAUGGGUAUGAGUUCUAAUCAUCAUACUUCAAAUAUGAUGGAACCACCAAAACCGUUACCUAGUUUAUUAAGCUUGAAAGUAACACCGCCAACGGAAUUACAACAUCAAAGUGAUAUAGAGGAUACAGUAAGAGAGGGAGAUAAUGAGACAGUUAAACUUCCAGCUGCCUUGGAACAAGCUUUAGCUUUUAAAACGGAAAGGGCUAAGGAAGUAGGUGGUGAUCCAAAUGAUAUAGUCUCUUUGGGAAAAUCUACCAAUGACGAAUCUACCGGAGAAGAUGGUCCUCCUCACUUGGAGGAUAUAUUGGAAGCAGAAACAACUAUUGACAAAGUCGAUUCAAAGGCAACUAAGAGUAAAAAGAAAAAAAAGAAGAAGAGGAAGAAGAAUACUAACGAGAAAAAAGAGUUAGAGAGGAAGCAAGAGCAAAUAGAAGAUAAUAAAUUAAAAGAAGAUCAACCAGAAAUAGAAUAUAUUCAAGAAAUUCCCAGUAUAAACGAUUUGGAGCCGAUGUAUCGUCAAUUUGCUCGAGUUUUUGAAGCAUUUAAAUUAACCGAACCAGAAGCUCGUCCUAACGAUACUGCCGAUAAGGGCGAACCAAUUGGUCAAUAUCCGCCUGUUAGCAGUAUGCAAGCAACGGGCCAAAUACCAAGCAAAAUACCACCUUUGGAUGAUUUUGAUGACGAAGUAGGCCAGCAACAGCAACAACAAGGAACCGGAGAAAAUGGUGCUCCACGCUUAUCUAAAAGAAAAUUAAAAAGAUUGACGCGACUGAGUGUAGCAGAAUUAAAACAGCUGGUAGGUAGGCCUGAUGUUGUAGAAAUGCAUGACGUUACUGCCAGAGAUCCAAAACUUCUCGUACAACUUAAAGCACAUCGUAAUACCGUACCUGUGCCUAGACAUUGGUGUUUUAAAAGAAAAUAUCUACAAGGAAAACGAGGUAUUGAAAAGCCACCUUUUGAUUUACCUGAUUUUAUAAAACGCACUGGAAUAACAGAAAUGAGAGCAAGUUUGCAAGAGCGCGACGACACUCGUACUUUAAAAGCAAAAAUGCGCGAGAGAGCAAGACCCAAAUUAGGUAAAAUUGAUAUAGAUUAUCAAAAACUUCAUGACGCAUUUUUUAAGUGGCAAACCAAACCACGCAUGACGAUCCACGGUGAUCUCUAUUACGAAGGUAAGGAAUUUGAAACGCGACUUAAAGAAAAGAAGCCUGGUGAAUUAUCUGACGAGUUACGUACGGCAUUAGGGAUGCCUGUAGGACCUAAUUGUCAUAAGGUACCACCACCAUGGUUAAUUGCUAUGCAACGUUACGGGCCACCACCAAGCUAUCCAAAUCUUAAAAUACCAGGCUUAAAUGCUCCUAUUCCAGAAGGAUGUGCCUUUGGAUAUCACGCUGGUGGUUGGGGAAAACCACCCGUCGAUGAGACAGGAAGACCAUUAUACGGAGAUGUUUUUGGUGUGUCUCGUACACCAGGCAGCGAUGCUUUAGACGAAGAAGUAGAUAGAGGCAUGUGGGGUGAGCCUGAAUCUGAAUCAUCUGGAGAUGAAGAAGAAGACGAAGAUGCGGAAGAAGGUGGAGAUGGAGAAGCAGAUGGAAAAGAUGGAGAUGUUGAUGCGAGUGGAUUGGUUACACCUCUUGCAGAAGGACUAAUAACACCGAGUGGUAUUACAUCUAUACCAGCUGGAUUAGAGACACCGGAAACAAUAGAAUUGAGAAAGAAAAAAAUAGAGAGUGAAAUGGAGGGUGGAGAUACUCCUGCAUUGUAUACCGUUUUACAAGAGCGUAGAGCAGAAGGUUUAGGUGCAAGUAUGAUGGGAAGUACGCACGUAUAUGAUAUGACAGGUGCAGCGGGAGGUCAGGCACCACCUUCUGUCAUUGCUGCACGACGUGGUAUAAGUGGAACAACAUCUGAUGCAAGAACAGAAAAAGAUGGUGCUGUUGAAUUGGCAUUAGAUCCUAGUGAAUUAGAUCUUGACUCUGAAGCAAUGGCAUCAAGAUACGAGGAAACUAUGAGAUCUCGACAAGCUCACCUUAGGAGAGAAGAUUUAUCUGAUAUGCUUCAAGAUCAUGUGCAAAGACAAAAAAGUAAACGUAAACGACAACAAACGCAAGAUACAAAAGCUUCUAAGAAAUAUAAGGAAUUUAAAUUUUAAACUAAUCAAAUUUUCAAAUACCACAACAUUAUUUAAAUAUAUAAUAAAGAAAGAAAG